AUGAGCUCCGAAGAAGAUUUCUCAGACGAAGAGCACUCCCUCGAGCACUUGAGAUCUCAAAUCUUAGGCUGUCUUGAUGGAAUACAUAGCGCAGGGUCUUUUGCAACAUUUGCCCACAACAUCGAGCACAUACACCCCGGUCUAACCGUCAAAGGUGUCGGCCUUAUCAGACUUCCCUUAUGUCGUGAAGAUGCCAAUGCUCUCAUUCGAGUGAGCCGCCAAGCGCGUUUUGGCAAGGGAAGAAAAACGGUGGUUGAUCAGACUGUCGGGAAGACCUGGGAGAUCGACGGAAAAGAGUUGUCGUUCGAAAAUGAAGGCUGGAAUAGCUGGCUUGAUCGGGUUCUUGAAAAUGUCUCCAUAGGCUUGGGUAUCCAUGGAGGUGCUGGCAGUGUACAAGCCGAGCUGUACAAGCUACUAGUGUACGAGGAGGGUGCCUUUUUCAAACCUCACAAAGACACGGAGAAGACAAGAAACAUGUUUGGAACACUGGUUGUUUGCUUACCCUCCAAGCACGCUGGCGGCGGGGUGCGCAUGAUUCAUGGAAAGGAAGAGAAAGUGCUCGAAACAGACCAGUGCUCUACUUAUGGUGUCUCGUAUUUGGCUUGGUAUAGUGACGUAUCUCAUGAGGUGUUGCCGGUUCAGUCAGGAUACCGAGUCGUUUUAACGUACAACCUCAUCAAUACUACUGUUGAACGUCGCCUUUCAGCUGCUGUACUGGACAAUGAACAAUCCAAAAUCGACCGGAUGCUCACCGAAUGGUAUUCUAUGCAAGACUGGCCAUGGUCCAUGUGUUACGUUCUUCAGCACAAAUAUACCGGUGCAAGACUCCAACUGAGUGGUCUCAAAGGUGACGACUAUUACCGCUGUUCUCAGCUUGCCAAAGCUUGCCAAUCAAAUGGUCGCUUCUGUGUUUUUCUAUCCCGGUUAGAACUAACCGUGACUCGAAUCAACGACAAGUGGCACUUGGAAGACGGGGGGGAAGAGCUCAGUCUACAAGAUAUUGUCACUCUGCAAGGCCUCAAGCUUCAAGAUUCCCUAGUGAUAAGGAAAGACUGCCUCGUACAGAGAAACCUGUAUGAGGCUCGUGAGCACGAAAAACAAUGGGGAGGGGAACACUUGGGGGCCGAUCGGUAUGCUUACAUCACGCAAGUUUACCAUGAUGCUGUUGCUGUCAUUGUCUCUCGGGGCCAGAUGACAGAAUUUCUCCUUGGCAGUGGCCAGAGGCUUACGGAGUACUCAGAGUUUCUCCUUGACAAUGGCCAGAGGCUUACAGAGUACUCGGAAUUUCUUGAACAGCUUUUUACCAAUCUCAAGGACAAGAACAGCGAUGAACGUUGUCUCUUCCGCGAAAUGAUCGUCCAGACAUGCCAAAGGCAUAUUGAAGGACGGUACAAUCAGAGUCGCACUAAAGAUGAUUUCAUGGGUCCAACAGCAAUAGCGUCACUCCGUAUCGAGAACCUUGAAGUGGCUAAUGCCGCUCUUGGUGGUGUGGAGGAUAGCUUCAACACAUCCACCUUUCAGAACCUCGGCAUGCUGGGAUUUGAGAAAACGAGGAAAUUGUAA